AUGUUGAAGGGCGAUGGUGAAGAUGGCGAUGUGGAUUUGAUGACAGCAGUUAAGCAUCGACGAAGAGCAGCAGCUGACAAAGCGGCACAAAUCUUGAAAAAGACUGCGGACCGCUCGGAUAGGUCGAAGAAGAGGGACAAAAAUGCUCCCAAAGAAGACCAUUCUGGUAAAUUUGGACGAAUGACAAAACUAUGUUUGCUGAGUGAGGAGCUCCAGAGCAUUGUUGGUGCUCGCUUUAUGAAACGAUGCGAUGUGAUAUCGAAAAUGUGGGAGUACAUCCGGGCAAAUAACCUUUUCGAUCCAAAAGAUAAGCGGUUCUGCUUUGUCGACGACAAACUGAGAGGUGUUUUUGGGCCGUGCAAACGUUUCAGAGCCUUUUCUAUGUCGAAACCGCUUGCCAAACACAUCAAGGACACUGCUUUCUUAGGUGCAGAAAUAGAGCAGGAGGCUCUUGCAGAAGAGGCUCGUCUGACGGCGGAAUGGAAGGCGCGACAGGCAUUGGCUGAUAGUGGAAGCGCCGAAGUAUCCAGAAGCACUGCUUCUCCACCUAAUAAUAAUCAAAACGCUGGAUCGGACGAGUCGGAUGUAUCUGAUUAA